AACUGGCAGGUGCUGUGGUUGGCUUCUUUAUACCGGGAGGGCAAAAAGAGCCCACUGCAACAGCCACUUCCGGCUUCUCCUUCCUCUCGGACCGCCUUUUUGCCCCUUCUGUUAUGGCUCUGGAUUAGCAACAGGAGAUCGAAGAGGUGGAAAUGGAAACGAGUGCAAGCUCCUUGCAGUCUGUUUCGGGGGCCUGCGGCUCCAGCGACUCCUUCCAUGGGCUCAAGUUUGCGAGAAAUGGUGGUGGUGGUGGUGGUGGUGGAGGGAGCUUCUUGGAGGCCUCAGUCUAUUUGGCGCCCAUGGCGGCCGCAGCUCCGCCGAGGAAGGGGAAGGGGGUAGUGCAGCGAGGGCAGCCGCCGCCGCCGCCGCCCAGGUGCCAGGUCGAAGGGUGCAAUGUGGAUCUCACAGGCGUCAAGGCUUACUACUGCAGGCACAAGGUGUGUGGGAUGCACUCCAAGUCCCCCAAAGUAGUUGUGGCAGGGAUAGAACAGCGCUUCUGUCAGCAGUGUAGCAGGUUCCACCAAUUACAUGAAUUCGACCAAGGGAAACGCAGUUGCCGCAGACGCCUGGCGUGCCACAACAUGCGGCGAAGAAAGCCACCUCCUGGAACUCUGUCAUCAGCUUUCCAUGCAGAAGACAGCAAUGGAUUUAGAGGAUUUCUUGUGGACUUUACUCACCCUAAACUACCUGCGCUAGCGCGAGAUGUAUGGCAAAUUGGUCAAGCUGGUGAUCAGGCACUGAGCAUUCAGUAUCAAUGCGGCUUAGGAACUCCAUCAAAUAGAGGAGUAAUACUCAUGCAGGAUCCUGGGACUGAGCCCAUAUUCUCGACAUCGGGAACUCUAGAUCUUGCAGCAGGUUCAGACUCUAGCUGUGCUCUCUCUCUUCUGUCUCAGCCAUGGGAUAGCACCAGUAAGGUAAACCACCAAGCUAUUUCCUCUGAAGGAAUACCAAUUGCAGAACCUACAAGUAAGAAUGACUGUAUAGAUAGUUCAUGGGGGUUUAAAGGUCUUGAAGGCAGUAGCAGCAGCACCUCCUUUGAUGCAAGACCAAGACAAGUUGGACAACCUGAAAACAGUCAUUUCUCUGGUGAGCUUGAGCUAGCCUUUCUAAAGAGGCAAUGCAUGGGCCUUGAUCCCAGUAGGAGAUAUCAGCAUUUGGAUGAUGUGAUCCACUGGUCUCUUUAGUUCCUUUUCUUCUUGUUGGCUGUUGUUCCUUUUAACUAUCAAGAUUGUAACCAUUGGUGUGAGAUUCUGCUAGCAUGCUACUCUCAGCUUGAAGUUCUUCAAGAAGUUAGAAACUGCAUCAUUUAUGCUCAAAUAUAUUUUCCUGAACAAAUUUGUGGUCAAAUAUUUGAGAGCAGAUCUUUCUUUUGUUCCAGUAGUUCAAAGAUCUCAAGAGUGUCAAUGUGAUGUCUGUCUGCAGUAACUUCUCAACAUGAAUUGUAGGAUGAAGAUCAUCAAAUGGGUUGUUUGGCAUCAGAAACUCCUGCUACAGAUCUCUUCCAGGAAUUGCCUGUCGAGGAACAUCAUCUUCUGCUGACCAACUCCAGAUGUAAUUUUUCAUCAUUUUGCUGUAUCUUAUCCUAAUUAUUAAUGGAUUUAAAAUGUCAUCUUAUUGUUUAUGUAAGCUAAGAAUGUGUUUGUCUCUA